AUAUUAUAAUUUUUAAUGGACAUCCCUAAAUUUGCUUUCUUUUUUUUUUCACUCGGCAAAAAACUUUCAUCCUCGCCGGUGCCGCGUACACUAAAUUAUUUUAAAUUAACUUUUAUUAUUUUAGUUUACAAGCUAACAAAAUGUCUACAGCCUGUAAAGGUAUCUUCAUAGUGGGUGCCAAGCGCACGCCAUUCGGCACGUUCGGGGGCGUGUUCAAGAACACGUCGGCCACGGAGCUGCAGACGCUGGCCAACGUGGCGGCGCUGAAGGAGGCGGGCGUCGCGCCGGCGCUGGUGGACACCGUCAAUGUGGGGCAGGUCAUGUCAGCCACUCAGACCGAUGGUAUCUACACUCCCCGCCACGCGGCCCUGAAGGCUGGCAUCCCCAUUGAGAAGCCGGUGCUGGGCGUCAACCGCCUCUGCGGGUCUGGGUUCCAGUCUGUUGUAAACAGUGCUCAGGACAUCCUAACUGGAGCUGCCAAGAUCUCCCUGGCCGGAGGAGUGGAGAACAUGUCUCAAGCUCCCUUCGCAGUCCGCAAUGUCCGCUUCGGUACUAUGCUGGGCACCAACAUUGCCUUUGAAGACACCCUGUGGGCCGGUCUGUCGGACUCCUACUGCGGUCUGCCCAUGGGCAUGACUGCGGAGAAGCUGGGUGCCCAGUUUGGCAUCACCAGGGAUGAGGUUGAUGCGUAUGCUCUAAGCUCACAGCAGAAGUGGAAGAAAGCGCACGACGCCGGCAUAUUCAAAGCCGAGAUCGAACCCGUGACCCUCAAGAUCAAGCGCAAGGACGUCACAGUGGACACGGACGAGCACCCGCGUCCGCAGACCACCAUCGACUCGCUCAAGAAGCUGCCGCCCGUGUUCAAGAAGGAGGGGCUGGUCACCGCCGGGUCCGCCAGUGGUAUCUGUGACGGUGCGGGCUCCAUAGUCGUGGCCUCAGAAGAAGCGUGCAAAUCUCUCAAGCCCCUGGCUCGCCUGGUUGGCUGGGCCUACGUGGGAGUGGACCCCAGCAUCAUGGGAGUUGGACCGGUGCCCGCCAUCGAGGCGCUGCUGAAGGCUACUAAGUUGACGCUGAAUGAUGUGGACUUGAUUGAGAUCAACGAAGCAUUCUGCGCCCAAACCCUCGCCUGCGCAAAGGCACUCAAACUCGACAUGUCGAAGCUGAACGUGAACGGAGGCGCCACCGCGCUGGGGCACCCGCUGGGCGCCUCGGGAUCAAGGAUCACCGCGCACCUCGUGCACGAGCUCAAACGCCGUGGACUGAAGCGCGGCAUCGGUUCAGCCUGCAUCGGAGGAGGCCAGGGCAUCGCCAUCAUGGUAGAGUCAGUCUAAGCACAAGCCACGCCCACCGCAGCCAUCUUGAAAGAACACCACGUCUGAUUGGUCCAUCGAUCCCUAAGCUGCGCAUCUAUUGGUUGAGAUUAAGCAUAAGCGUAUUCUUAUUGGAGAAAGGAGUUUUUGUAUGCAAGCUCCCUGUGUUUAAGUGAUUUUAUACAGUAAUGGUUGUAUUGUAUGUGUCAAGCAAAGUUACAUGGGUGCUAUCGAUAUGUGCAAGAUGGUAUUCUGAAAAUGAAGGCACAAGUCCUUAUUGGCAACGAUUUUAUAUUUAUGUAUAAAAUAAUCAUGUUAUACCUAUACCAAACGUUAUACAUAUUUUAUCUUCGAAAAGAAGUAUUAAAAUGCAAUCUAUGUAUGUAAAACACAAAGUCAAUUACUGUAAAUAAGUUUACCUAUAAGAGAAAAUAUUUUUGAUCUUCUAUCUAUUGUAAGUCUAAUAAACUGUUUUUAUAAA